UAAAUUGAAUUGAAGAAAUCCCAGUACUUCAAUAAUAUCUAACUUAGAAAAUGUCUAAAGCCGGGAAUCUAACUAAUGCCGUUCGCGCCGUAAAUAAGAGACCAUUUAGAGUUUCCAUAGAAGGUAAUAUUGGAUCUGGAAAAUCGACGUGUAUCAAAUAUUUUGAUAAGUAUCGUAACGUUGAAAAGCAUGGGGAACCAAUUCAAGAAUGGCGCAAUGUAAGUCGACAUAACUUACUAGGCUUAAUGUAUAGUGAUAUGAACAAAUGGAGUUUUGCAUUCCAACAUUAUGUACACCUAAGUAGACUGCAGAUACAGGCCAGUCAACCUUCACACCCUGGCAUCACUGUAAAGAUGUUUGAAAGAUCAGUACAAAACAGUAGGCACUGCUUUGUAGAGAAUGCAAAGAAGCAGAAUUUCCUUCAGGAGCCCGAAUAUCAAGUGCUACUCAAAUGGUUUGAUUACACCGAAAAGUCGUUGGACAUCAGUUUAGAUCUUAUAGUAUAUCUCAGGACUACACCCCAAAUUGUGUGGGAUAGAAUGAUGAAGCGCGGCAGAUCUGAAGAGUCGGAAGUGCCUUUAGAAUAUUUACAGCAGGUUCACGACUCAUAUGAAAAGUGGAUAAACUCACCAGACAUUGGCUGCGAAGUAUUAACUAUUGACGCUGAUCGAGAUUUAGAUUGUGUCAAGGAAGAUUUAGAGAGAUAUGCAUAUAAAAUCCUCGGAGGCAAUCAUACCAACUGAGGGUAUUGUGAAAAUAGUUAAUUUCUCAUUUUCUUGCUUAAUUAUUCAAAUAUUUGACUAAGUUAAUUGCAGUAUUAAGUAGAAAAAUCAAAAUAUUUAAAUUCUUUUUCAAUAUUAAAUUAAUUAAAAUAGUAUUAAUAUAACUCCAACAGAUUAAAAGAACUGUAUUUUGACAUAAAAUUACCUCACUAUUAGGUUUAGUUUUUUAGUUUUAGACUACUUAUUUUUAAAUGCUUCAAACCAAUUUAUAACUACUAGAAUAAUUAUGACUCUCCCAAGUAAAGUUGGCGACAUCAGAUGACCGGCCGUAAAAAUUUAAGACAAACCUUUAAGGUUAUAAAACCUUGUGUACUGACCCCAUGUAAGUGGGAAAAGGCCAGAGAUGAUGAAUUAUAAAUGUAUACGUACACAUUGACCGAGGCUAUGGCCAAAACUAGGCCAGAACAGCAGAAAAAGAUCUUUUUUAUUAUGUAAGCUUUAUGUAAAUUGUCUACCUCUGAAUCAAUUUAAAAUGAAGGCAUAAACUAAUAUUAUCGAUGAAACAACCAGUUU